AGAGCCAGUGGCUUCCCCGGCCAGCAGAGUCUGAGGCUGCUCCUGGAGAAGGAACCUGACACGAGGUGGUCCACAAGAUGGAAGGAGCCAACCCAGGCCCCAAGCCCAGUCCUGGCCCCAGUCCCAGCCCCCAGCAAGCCUUUGAGUUUUUCCAUCAGAAGAUCCAGUUUCACCUGCAAGAAGGACAAGAGGUCAAGCCACCCUCCGGUCCCCGACAAAAGGAUCCUCAUCUUUUCCAAAAGAGGUCCCAGAAAGCUUUCGGCUCUCAGGGACAACAGCUAUCCAAGCACCCUAAGGGGAGCCAAGUUCCCCACCGAGUGGAGGGCGGAGUGCUCCUCAAGCCCCCAAGGGCUGACCAAAAUGCCCAAAAUGCCUCCAUCCAAGAGGAUGGCUGCGGUGUGGGGUUGCCCAUGCAGGCCCCAGUGUGCCUGGUGGAAAACAGGUCAAACCAUCAGCUGGAUGUGAACCCAGAAGCCCUGGAGAUUCUCUCCAAGAUCACUCAGCCCGUGGUGGUUGUAGCCAUUGUGGGGAUGUACCGUACGGGGAAGUCCUACCUCAUGAAUAAACUGGCCGGACAGAGGAAAGGGUUCACCCUGGGCUCCACCAUCCAGUCUCAAACCAAGGGCAUCUGGAUGUGGUGCAUCCCCCACCCUUCCCAGCCCGGAUACACUCUGGUGCUGCUGGACACCGAGGGGUUGGGAGACAUGGAGAAGGGGGACUCCCGGCACGACUCGUGGAUCUUCUCCCUGGCCAUCCUGCUGAGCAGCAUCUUCGUGUACAACAGUAAGGGCGUCAUCGACCAGUAUGCACUGGAGAAGCUGCAGUACGUGACGGAGCUGACGGAGCGAAUCAGGGUGUCGUCUCAGCCCAGCGCCAAUGGAGUGGAAGAUUCGAAGGAGUUCGUGAGCUUCUUCCCUGACUUCCUGUGGGCCGUGAGGGACUUCAUUUUGGAUCUGGAGCUGGACGGGAGGCACAUCUCGGAGGACGAGUACUUGGAGAGGGCGCUGAAGCUGCAGAAAGGGGAUCACCCCGACGCCCAGAUGCUGAACCUGCCCAGGAAAUGCAUCCGCCAGUUCUUUCCCAGCCGCAAGUGCUUCACCUUCAGCUUUCCAGCACCCCCCAAACUUGUGGGCCAUCUGGACAAGCUGGGGGAGGAUCAUCUGUACCCCGACUUCGUGCGGCAGGCCAACAACUUCUGUACCUACAUUUUCCAGAACUCCAAGAUCAAGACCCUGCAGGGUGGCAUCUUGGUGAAUGGCCCCCGCCUGGCCACGCUGGUGAAGACCUACGUGGACACCAUCCGGAGUGGAAACGUGCCCUGCCUGGAGAACGCAGUGCUGGUGCUGGCCCAGAUCGAGAAUGCCGCAGCGGUGAAGACCGCCAGCACCCACUAUGCCACCCUGAUGGAGCAGCGGGUCCAGCUCCCCACGGGGACCCUCCUGGAGCUGCUGGAGGCUCACGGGCUGUGCGAGAGGGAGGCUCUCCAGCUCUUCAUGCAGCGCUCCUUCAGGGACGAGAAGCAGAAAUUCCAGAGGGAGCUGGCGGAGAUCCUGCAACUGAAGCUGGAGGAGUUGUGUCAGAAGAAUGAGGAGGAGUCCACUAAGCUGUGCACAGACUUGAUCCAGAAGAUUUUCCGGCCACAGGAGAUGGAGGUGAAGCGGGGACUGUACUCUAAGCCAGGGGGCUACCAGCUGUUCAUCCAGAAGAGGAAAGAGUUGGAACAGGAGUACUCUCAGGUCCCCAGGAAGGGACCACAGGCGGACGUGUGCCUCCAGAACUAUUGGAAGAGCCAGGAGGUGGUGGCUGACUCCAUCCUUCAGCUGGACCAGUCCCUGUCCCAGAAGGAUAAGGAGAUUGAAGUGGAGCGGGCGAAAUCCCAGGCUACCAUGCGGGAAUUGAGGAAAAUGCAGCAGGUGCAGGAGAAAAUGCAAGAGCUGCUGGAGCAGCAGGAGAAGAGCUACAAGGAGAACUGGAACCAGUUGAUGGAGAAGAUGAAGCAGGAUAACAAGAAGCUGAUGGAAGAUCAGCAGAGAACAUUAAAUUUCAGGCUUACGGAGCAGGCCAGGCUUCUGCAGGAGGGCUUCUCGAAGGAGGUCAACCUCCAGAAAGACCAGUACAAGGCCCUGCAGGAGCUGUACAGACAAGACACGGCCUCCAGGGACCAGCAGAUCCGGGACCUCCAGGAGGUCCGCCUGCAGGCCGAGAAGGAGGCGGCCGCUUACAAGAAGUGGCACCAGGAGAAGAAAGAAUCUUUCCAGGAGUGCGUGGACGAGUUAAAACAGAAGGGAGCAAAGGCUACCAACGUCCAACAGGAAAUCCAGCAUCUGAAAAAUGAUGUAUCCCAGCAGGAAAAAAAAAGCAUAUGCCUAAUCCAGUGAGGAGUCCGCCUCCUCAGGCCCCUGGGCCUCCGUGCCCUCUUUUUGCCCACUGCUGGGGGUCCUUGAGGGAUCUCUUACUGGCUACUGACCUUUGGUCAAGGUCUGUCCAGACUCCCCAUUGGUGGAACCGACCUUGGUCUAAGAAAUCAGCACGGCCCCGCUAACUUUCAUUUGUUAAAGGAAUUCCAGGCAAUUGUCACAACCAGUCAAUUUGUUGAACACCUACUAGGUGCCAAGAGCUAUAAAAGUAGCUUGGGGGAGUGCAACAGAGUAAGUAGA